AUGACAGAGAGCAAAUAUCUCAACAUCUCAAAGUUUCUGAUGAAAUGGAUGGUUAAUCCUUUCUUCCACUCCAUCCUUGAUACAUCAGGGCAGCAUCUUGUCUUGCUGGAGAGCAAAGAUCACUCACCACCCACAUCAACCGAGCACCUGGAGAAGCGGGGCUCUCUGAAAUAUCAGUUUUCCAAUGAACUGCAGCAGCUACCAGUACAGCUUCUCAAGCCUUCAACUAAUGAUACCAGUAAGAUUGUUGAAGUACUGGAAAACUUGGCCCAGAUUAACCGAGAGAGAGCUCAUCCUGACGCCCCGCAGAAGUUCCUGCAGCUCAUUCAGCUCCUACGUUCCGCAAGCUUGGGAAGCCUUCAAAGUAUUUGGGGCAAGAGCACAUCUAAACCCCACCGGAGGCGCUGGAUUUUGGAUACCUUACCGACUGUAGCGACCCCGGACGCAAUUCAGUUUAUCCAAACAAGGAUUGAGCAGGGAGAACUCUCGCAGUUUGAAGCAACCCAAGCUCUGAUAUUUGUGCUGCACUCCAUCAAAGCCGACUGCCAUGGUGUAGAUAAUGCUACGAUGCUUCUGUCCAGCCCUUACAUGCAGAGGAGCCCGACCUUUCGAAAGGUCACAUUGCUUGCCUAUGGAUCCCUGGUCCAGAAAUACUGUGCGACCCUCCGGGUUUGUCCGGACGAAGCUCUCCGGCCUCUCCAUGAACUUGUGGUUGAAGCCGGCAGCAAAGGGCAUGAAGAGGAAAUCAUCCUGGGCCUCAAAGCCAUUGGCAACGCGGGACAGCCGGCCAGUCUGAAGCGGAUCCAGAAACUCCUGCCCGGAUUCGGGAAUGUCGCCAGCAGCGUCUCGAGCAGAAUCCAUGCGGAGGCCGUGAUGGCGCUCCGCAACAUCGCUAAGAAGGAGCCGCGCAAGGUGAGAGAGGACGGUGAAUGUUCUCCUGAGUGGGGUGUGUCUUAA